GCGCAAACCACGUCUUCCCGCGCGCACCAGCACCAUCCCCCACCAGCACCACUCUCCACCACAACCAUGGCGCACGCCCUCGAACCGCUCGACCUCCUCGACGACCUUGACGACAGUCUAUCGGUGCUGACCAGCACGCUCGCGCCCCUCCUCAGCACGCCGCUGAGCGAUGUCGCCACUUCACUCACGGUGGCCGACAAAGCGCGGCUGCACGUCCUGGCCACUUACGCGCUCGACUCGCUGCUAUUCUCAUAUCUGCGGCUGCAGGGAACGAACACCAAGAACCAUGCCAUCAUGACGGAGCUCACGCGCGUGCGCCAGUAUGUCGCCAAGAUCAAGGGCGCAGAGCCCGCCACCGAGAGGCCAAUGGCUCUAGACAAGCAGGCGGCUGGGAGGUUCAUCAAGGCCGGGCUGGCCGGGAAUGAUAAGUACGAUGUGGAGAGGGCGGAGCAGGUUAGGGCGCAGAAGGAGGGGGCUAUGGAGAAGCUGGUGGCGCUGGAUGAGAAGUCGGCGAAAGCGGGAAGCCCGAAGGAGAGCGAGGAGGGAGACGGGAGUGGCGGUGGGGGUGAGAAGAAUAGGAAGGCCAAGAAGAGUAAGGCCGGGAAGGAGACAAGAAGAGAAGAGAGGAAAGAAAAGCGGAAGGAUGUGCGAAAGAAAAAUAAGGAUCUCACGUAGUGAGAUGAGACGCAAACUAGAGCAUAUCAUAGAGAGAGACAGAACACAUCAAUUCAUUGUUGCAUACGGCCUAACUACCUGACUAUGGCGACCCUAAACACAACCUCCUACCAGCUCCGAGAAACGAAUCGUGUACCUACGCAACAGCAGAUCGACCCCUACAUAUUCCUCGAGGGGAAAGCUGUUGAGGCUUAUGUAUUGCCUUCUCCUCGAGGAACACAUAAGAGUCAAUCUGCUGUUGCUUGGGUACGUGAUUCGUUCCCCACAGGUGAGCAACGCACUAUUGCCCAAAUCCAUCGGUAUGCUAUACCAUGACCUAUGGGAGGGACUCGAGAUUCUGUAUAUAUAGAGGACCUCCGGUCCGGAGAGAUUGCGCAGUAAUUGAACAUGAUGAGC